AAUUAAUAAAAAAAUUAAUUGAGGUUAUGGUUCAACAACUAAAAAAACUGAGAAUGCUCUUUACUUCCACACAUUGAAAAAAUCAACAUAAAAAGCGUUAAUCAAGACCCAAGAAUGUUUCAUGGCGACGUUUUAACAGCAUGACGCAGAUCUAGUCAAGAUGAACAGUAUUACAAGUUUUCAGAAUUUAGUUACUCUGACAUUAUAUGUUUUGGUUUCUGAAAUAAUUUCCACAAAUUCUAGAACUUCCACCUUAUGGAAAUUAAACCCAGACCGAACGAAAAUCAUCGAAGGGGGCUCCUUUUACAAAGUCGUGUCUUACCGGGAAGACCAAGACCCCAGCGGCUUGCGGUUCAUAACAGAAGACGAUCCCGUUUUUAACAUAAUAACGUCGACAGUGCAUUUGGGACGCUCAUGGGUGAAAGAGAAAGUGGAAUAUUAUUGUACGAAUUGUCAUAAUUUGAAAGCCGUGAAAAUGGACAAAUAUGGCAAUAGCAGUAACAUUGACAAUGUAAAAGAUGAGGUUUUAGAUUGCGGCAAACCAGUUAAUUUUACGUAUUAUGACAAUUUAAUUGGUAUACUCAACAGGAGCAAACACCCUAAUGUUCCUGAGCCACAAGUAGCGCUAAUUUUUACUAAAAAAUCAAAGCGGAAAAACUUGCAAGAUUUUGACGUGGACGCUCUCGAGCGUAAAUUAAAAAAAGCAAAGCGAGAAAAACCCAAAUCUGUGCAACUGUAUAAUCAAAUUGGAAACUUCUGGCGGAUUAAAGGCGAUGCGGAAAAAGCGAUUGAGUGUUUUCGGAGGGCGCUCGCCGUGUCGCCGUAUAACGCCGAGGUUUUGCUCAAUUUAGCCCGGGUGUUAUUCACGCUACAAUAUUUAGACGACGCUAUUUACUUGACGAGGAGAUCUCUUGAGGUGCAGCCCCCCGACAAGGGGGCUUGGCAGCAAUAUUUCACUCUAGGCGAAAUAUUAAAAGCGUAUGGACACUAUCAAGAGGCUUCAAUUCACUUGAAACACACUUUAGAGCUAAAACCAGGGUUUGAGCCCGCCCAAAUCGCACUCAAAGAAAUGGAAAACGUGCCCACAGCCACUUUACACAUUUAUACAUUAGUGAUUAUAAUAUGUUUGGUUUUAGGUUGUCUUUUGGUAAUUUUGUCGUCGGUUGAUAACACGAGUGAUACUGAAUACGCCGAAGUUAAAAUACCAAAGCACUUUAAUAGAUCUGCAACCACAAGAGCACUGCGGAGUUUUGGAUUGUCUCAAAAACACACACGUCCAAAGAGAAUACUUGCCUAACGAGAAGUCAAAAAAAGCUACGUUUUCUUGAUAAAAUAGACGUUAUAAAGAAGGAAGCAACUCACUUUUUCAAACUAAGUCAUUGCUUUAGCGUAUUCUAGUCGUUAAUUAAUUAGUCAGGAGUUGAGGCUGACGUGAGUUGCUAGUCUUCAUUAUAGAAGCGCCUGAUUGUUGAACAACAAUACACUAACUUGUACCUGGAGGUUUUGCUCAUUUACUAAUAAAAGCGAGUAAAGUUUAUAAAA